CCGUAUCCUAAAGGAAUGGUUAUCAAAAGGAAUGAGACGAUGAACAAUACUCUAAGCAGCCCUACGGAGAACAGGACUCUAUUUAUUCUACUGAAAUGACUGGAAUUCUUUACAAAAUGGCUUGAAAGAGAAGGACUUUUUUAUAUAGAAGAUGAAUGAUGGCAUGGAUCUAGGGAGCGACCCCUGCAGCAGCCGCUCCAGCUCCGAGUCCAGUUCCAGCAAAGUGACUCCUUGCUCGGAAUGCAAAUCUUCCCCGUCGCCUACCAGCCUGGACUUGGCUGCUUUGGAGGACUCAGAGGAGGAGGAGGAGGAGGAGGAAGAAGAAGAAGGAAGAGAGGGGGAGGAGGUCGACGACGAGGACGACUUCCAGAAGUCCUCCGAGAGGAAAGUGAUUGAUGUGUGGAAGGAGGAUGGGGACUAUGCCCGCUGCCAUGCCAAAACCACCCCUACCAGGAGGAGUUUAGCCCAAGAGCUGGUGGAGGUGAGGAGUACCUGCCUCACCCUCCCCACUGCCACCAUGCCUCCCCCAGCUCCCAGCACUAAUCCCCCUCCCCAUCCCCUCCAGCCUCACCGUCACCUGCUGGACCUCAGGCACAAUGCCAACAUGGUGCGGUCCAGCCACCGGACUGGACACAAAGGGGGUGGGGGCUCCAGCAAAGCCCCCUGCCUCCAGAGAGCUCAGCAGGGAGAUCCUUUGGAGAACUCCUUGGGAGGGAAAGCCUUGAAAGAGCAGGAGCCUCAGCUGCCCACUAUGGACUGGGAAGCCCUGGAGAAACACCUGGCAGGAUUGCAGUUCCAAGAACAGGAGCUCCGGAGCCAGAAGAGCAACUACACCUCUGCGCAAAAAAAUGAAAGAGAAUCUAUCAGGCAAAAACUGGCACUUGGAAGUUUCUUUGAUGAUGGCCCAGGAAUUUAUACAAGUUGUAGUAAAAGUGGCAAGCCAAGCCUUUCUUCUCGGUUACAGAGUGGGAUGAAUUUGCAAAUUUGUUUUGUCAAUGAUAGUGGAAGUGACAAAGAUAGUGAUGCUGAUGACAGCAAGACUGAAACUAGUCUAGAUACACCUUUAUCUCCUAUGAGCAAGCAGAGCUCUUCCUAUUCUGACAGAGAUACUACUGAGGAAGAAUCUGAAUCCUUGGAUGAUAUGGAUUUUCUCACAAGACAAAAGAAACUUCAAGCUGAAGCCAAAAUGGCUCUGGCGAUGGCAAAGCCAAUGGCCAAAAUGCAAGUAGAAGUGGAAAAACAGAAUAGAAAAAAAUCUCCAGUAGCUGAUCUUCUGCCACAUAUGCCUCAUAUAAGUGAAUGCUUGAUGAAGAGAAGUUUAAAACCCACAGACUUGAGAGAUAUGACAAUUGGGCAACUACAAGUGAUAGUCAAUGAUCUACAUUCACAGAUAGAAAGUUUAAAUGAAGAAUUGGUGCAACUGCUGCUUAUUCGAGAUGAACUGCACACAGAGCAGGAUGCAAUGCUGGUAGACAUCGAAGACUUGACCAGUGUGAUAAUUCUGUCAGUUUCUCUCUCCUUUGCUUUGGAAAGAUCUUGUUGCCAGAGAAAUAGUAAAAGUUCUAACACAGUGUGGCCCCCUAUCAAUUCCAUGAUAAUUUAGCACCAUUGCUACAGACAAGACAUGCUGAAAGUCAGCAGAAGCACAUGACUGAAAAAAUGCCAACAAAAUAAAAUGGGAAGCAUCCAACUAAAAAACAGACUAGAACUUUUUUUGCUUCUGUGGUUAUACAAACACUGAUGUCCCACACCUGGCACAUGAGAAAAUCAGUGUUAGCCAUUGAUUCUGGGCACAAUCUGCCAAGCACCAGGAACCCUGCACGAACCCCUCCUUAAAACAAUGGUGGAUGCACAAAGUGCUUGGUGAAUUGCUCCCUACUAUCUGAAGCUUUAUGUCCAGUGACUGGCCUAAUUGCUUUUUUUAAUUUAUUUGCUGUUGGUUUGGGUUAUUUUUUUUUACUUGUGCCACUAAAUAUUGGACAUUUCAAUAAUCUUAUUGUAGAACAAAAUGUACAAUACUUAUAAACAUUGCAAACAAGAAAAGAAGGAGGAUAGUUUAACUUUUAUUUUUGUUUAUUUAGAGACUUUUAAGUUAAACAGUAUUUUACCAUUGGCUACUUUUUAUCAUUUCACUGUAGUUUUAAACAAAUGAGACUGUAAUUUGAAGGUGCUAUACAAGUAAAAGAAAAAAAAAUACAUGCCUGCCUCGUAGUGAACUUGUAGCUUUCAGUAAUAUACAUAUAUUUUACUCAGUUUUCAACAUUUUGUGAAUGUUGACUACCGAAAGUUCAUUUUUAGAUGUGCUAUUUAACAUGCGGUUGGGUUGAAAGAGUUACCUUGAAAGUUUUAUGUAUAAAUAUGUAAAAUAAAAACUAAAAAUUUCUUUCAUAUGA